AUGGCGGCCGCCACGAGGGAGCCGCUGGUGCACCCGGGAGCCCCGGUCGCCGACAUGCUGGCCAGCUCCUUGCGGCUGUCCGCCGGGCACAAUGACGAGGCCUCGAACGGCCAGUCGCGCUUCGACCGCGCGUGCGACUGCUUGCGGCGCAUGUGCGGCCUCGGCAGCAGGAGACACAGCAGGACUUGCCGGCCUUGCCGCACUUGA